AUGGCGUGCGAUAAUUGCCGUCGUCGCAAGGUCAAAUGCAAUCGCACCGAACCCUGCGAGAAAUGCCUCGAGGCCAGCUUGCAAUGCAGUUAUCACACCGUUCCUCGACGCAAAGGUCCCAAAGGCCGGACGGCUCGAGUUUUGAGUGCGUUGCCGUCUCUUCAAAGCUAUGAUGAACGCCCCACUUCGUCAUCGUCGUCGUCGUCGCCAUCAACCACCUCUGUCACCCCUCCGAUGGCCUGCGAUGUGCCUUCCUUGAUGGCUUGCCGGCCGCAGAGGAUAUCCUCUACAGUUCUUCUCGCCCACGUCAAUGUCUUUUUAAAGCACUUGUACCCGAUCAUGCCAGUCUUCGAUUCUAAUCAGGUUGUCGAGGACUGUGGCCGCGUGGAGACUCUAUCGCCACCGCGAUACGCCUUCUUGCUAGCUCUCUGUGCUGCGACACAUCUGCAGCUGAAUCUAGAUGCCAGGCAAGACGAUAGCGGGCUCGCACAUGCCAUUGACCAUGGCGAAGUCCUUGUCGCGGAAGCCUUGCGCACACUUCGGGAAUUCGAUCCCAUCGAACAUCUCCACGUAGACACUGUCCUCUCAUCAUUCUUCCUAUUUGCCGCAUAUGGGAACAUGGACCAACAGAAUCAUGCUUGGCACUAUCUGAGUCAAAGCAUCUCUUAUGCGUAUGCACUCAAUCUCCAUCGGGAGCAGACCUAUACUUCACUACCCCACGCGGAGGCCGAACUGAGGCGGCGGGUCUUCUGGUUGCUUUUCAUUACAGAACGAGCAUACGCCUUGCAGCGCAAAAAACCUGUCAUGCUGCGCGGGAACAUCCGUAAACCAUCCAUCUUCACAUCAGCGGCGCCCGCACUGCUCUACGGAUUUGUGAAUCUCAUAUCCGUAUUCGAAAAGGUGACACCAGAAUUCUAUUCUUGGAAUGCUUGCGACAGUGACGACUCCCCCAUUGACACUUUUGCCCUUUCCGAAAUCUAUCAAUCCAUCGCUAGUCCCUUGCCACCUUUGACGGAGAUCCCUGAAAUCCAGCAGGUCGACCUCGUCGUCACUCAACAGUGGCUCCAGAUUCGCUUGUGGCAGACUGCCCUUGACCGCGCCUCUAAAUCCGGUGAGGUCCUACCUUUACAGGCUCCUGCGGCUGCAGGAAGAGCCGUGAUGGGCUUCUUGGCAUCAGUAUCUCACGAAUCAACGGAUGCACAUGGCAUUGGCAUCGAACAAAAACUGUACGAUCUCGGGACCUCUCUGGUGCGUCUUUCUGAACGUUCAGUACAGCACGCUGCUACCGCACAGGUAAGCUACUUGGCGGCCGAUUUGCUGUCUGCUAUCCUCACUUCUCUGGUGAGGAUACGCGGUGCCCAAUCAUAUUUGUUCUCUUCGCUCCUGCAAACGUCCGAGAGUAUCUUGGGGUUAGAUGCCGUUCCGCCUGUGAUGAACCUCGAUUUGCCUUUGAAUCUGGAUUGCAACAGCAGACUUGAGGAAUGGGCAACCGCUCUGGUCAACCCUUCUACAGCGGAUAAGCGAGAGGAGGCCGCGGACUAUAUCGAUCAUCAGGCCUCUGAUAGAUCCUGUGGUAUUUCGCAAGGUGUUUGAGCUGACAACUGGGUGGUAUUUUCUUUUGUCUGUUUUCUGGGUUGGUUAGGCGCUUCGCAUUCAAAUGGGUCAGUCGGUAUUGGAGUAUGGCAAAUAUUUUGGCCUAUGUUUGGUUUUUUACCGAGAAAAGAAUACGAACUCGCGAGUCUCUCUGUUCGAUCUAUCUAUGAGAGGACGUGAGUAAGAUUAUGGGAAUAGCGGCCUUCUACUUAAUAUUCCUCAAACUGCUAGAUACAGAAGUCACAAGGCCAUGAUAGAAGCAAAAAAAAUGAAUUGAAAUUACUACAAUUUACCGGGCGGGCCAAAAC